AUGGUCGAGAUUGACAACUACCAGGACAAUAGUGCCCAGUCUAGUGAUUAUGUUGAAUCUAGUAAUAAUAAAAGUGACAAUGAAGAUGAGGAUAGUAUAGAUACCCAAACCGGUGAUGAGGAUGAAGAGCCCCUGUCUUUGCCAAUUUGUGUAAGAGAUAUUUCUGGGCUGAAUUGUUCACCAUACCCCUGUGAUGCGAAAUUGAAAAAAGUUCUUGAAAAUGGAGAGAAUUUUUACUACAAGGUGACAAAGAAUAACAAAAUUACUGCUACAAAGUUGAUGCGUCUGAUCAAGAUGACACACCGUAAAAAUGAUAAUAUUAUUGAAGGUGAUCCAUUUAAGCACAAAGGAAAGAGUACAAAGGUUGUGCACCCAUAUCUCACGUGUACUGUCCGUGAGAUAAAAAAGAAUUACUUGGCAACAUUAAAGUCAUAUGUGGACGAAGUGAAGGAUAUAGUCCUUGAUGCCUUAAAGGCAAAUUUGAAAGUCACUGAUCUUGCAAUAAAUGAUGACAACUUUUCAGCACCAACAGUUGUUGAUGAGAUCCUUCCAUUAGCUAUAGUCGAUGAUGAUCUUGAUGCAGUUGAUGAAUACUUUGCUGAAGAAGUUGAUGAAGUUGUAGAAGAGAAGAAGGAAGAGGAGAUGAAAGAAGAAGAGAAAGAACAAGAUAAGGAGAAGAUGACAGAAAAUGAAAAGGAGAAGCUGGAAGAGAACGAUGAAAAAAAGAAGAGGAGAAGCUAG